AUACCAGUGACAUCUAAGACACGGCGUUAGUGAGCCUUAUCAGUAAGUACAUCGAGAGAACGGCCACGCUUACCGUUACUAUGUUAGCAGGUGCCCGCUGGUCUCAAGUUGACAGUAGACGAUACAUACAAAAAUGGUUCCCGUGACGGUGCUUCAAUUUGAGGCCACUGGACACCAGGAUAUGGAAGAUGAUAAACCAUUUGUGUGCUCACAAAAUGGUUGUGGUCAGCAAUUUACAAAUGAGGAUCACCUUGCCGUACAUAUGAGGAAGCAUGAGAUGUCCUUGGCAUUAAACCUACAAAGUGGCAGUACUCUCAGCACUCUGACUCCAGGCCGCUCACCAGGGCGAUCGCCCUGUGGCAUGGGGGCGGCCGGGCUGUUCUUAGACCAAACCCCUACGCCUACCAAGUUUCUUCGAAAUUGUGAAGAGAUUGGGCUAUUCCAGGAACUGAAAAAUCCCUUUGAGGAAGCAUUUAAGAAAGCAUUGGACACUGAUGGUAUUGCUGUGCAGCCCAAUAGCCCUUUCCCUGGGCCUAGUUCUAAUGAGCUGAACACACCCAUCCCUCACCCCACACCAAAGAUCCUUAACGGGAUCAAACGGGAGAAAGUCGACCCGGAGGAUCUCAUUGACAAUGACAACAACAUUGCGCUUAACUUAACAAAACUGAAGACCACAGAACCAACAUCCACGACUGACGAUGACAGUGAUGUCAUGGUGAUGUCAGUUGAUGACCAGAAUAAGACCACAGAACAACUCGUCCCCGUAGCGACGGGUCCUUCUCCUGGGCAGCCUGUCGCGGCUAAUUUGUUAGUGACAGCCGCCCAGUCUACCACUGUCUCACCUCCUAAGACGACGAUUGGCGUGGCCACACCAGUGAUACAGCCUCCGCAGUUUGCCACUUGUAUGCAGGUGUUUCUUCAGCUUCCCUCCGGACAGACUGUUCCAGUACAGAUCCCCGCCACCAUCACCAACCCCGGGAUACAGACAAUCAAUAACCCGGGUGUACAGAAUGCAUCAAACCCAGGGGUACAGACAGUAGCACCCGGUAUACAGACAAUCACUAACCCAGGGUUGCAGACCCAGAAUUUUACAAAUUCCAAUGUUCAAAAUAUUACAAACACCAGUGUCCAGACUCUCAUGAACCCCGGGGUGCAGAUUAUACAAGGGUCGCCGGGCUUGAUUCAGAAGAUACCCACCCCUGCAGCGGUCACACCUUCCAGUGGCCCAUCCCCAUCGGUCAGUCCAGCACCUCAGUCCAUGCUGACUAAUUCACCGGUCAAGCAGCAGCCAUCAGGGUCUGGCCUGGCCCAGUCUUCUCUCACCAAACAGAGAUUAAAAGCUGCCCUUCAACAACAAACAGUGCCAUCACCAGGAUCACAGAAGGUGUCGUCCCCUGCAACCAGGGUAAUACAGAUGUCACCUGACCUCAACACAGCCAAUCAAAUCACAGUAAUUUCCAGUACGACCAAUUAUGCCCAAGGACUCAGUUUGUCGCCUAUGUCUGAGACAAGUGUCAGCAUAGCAUCAGAUGCGUCGUCACCUGACACAGACAUGCCGCUUCUAAAAAGAAUUAAAAAGGAUGAAAACUGUUCAGAUGACAGAAGAGUUAAGUUUUUAGAAAGAAAUCGUGCUGCGGCUGCGCGGUGUCGACAGAAGAGGAAACACUGGAUCACGAACCUAGAGAGGAAAGGAGACGAACUUCAGAUGGUCAACAAUCGACUGAUGUCGGAGAUAAACGGUCUGAAGAGCGAAGUGGCCCAGUUGAAAACAGUGCUACUGACUCACAAGGACUGUUCUGUGACAGUGCAGCAGAAAUCACAAGGACAGUUUCCUUACCAAGCUUUUUCGAUGCUGGAGAGCACAGUCCCCAGUAUGAAUGAAGCUGGAGUUAUCCUGGAAACCGAUGCUUCAGGUACAACGACCGGGACCUCGACAGCAACCUGGGUGACAGCUUCAGCACCAACAGUUAUAAAAACCGCUGUGUCAACAGCCACCGCCAGCUCCAUAUCAGGGCAAAAGACAAUAACAAUUAUACCCAAAGUGAUCAGGGCAGAAAGCACAAAACCCAUCCGGAAGAAAUGACACAGGACUGUCACCAUAGUAACCUAAUUAUUUAUAACUUGUUGUCCUGUAUACUCUGACCGGCAGCCGUUGACAGCUUAUUUCCACGUCUAUUGACCCAAAUUAUUGGUGUUUAUCGGAUCGGACCAGUUGAAAAGUGCAGAACUUUAUUAGGAUGAGAAACGAUUGGCAUUUGGCAUGUAGGUAUUAGAUAUCUUUAAGAACACAAGCUUCAGUUAGAGAGGGGAAAAAAGGUAUCUAAUGAUCAAGAAAAACAAUACUGAAAAAAAGACAUUUUGUGUUCCUUAGAAAUAUUUCUUAAACAACUUUGUUAAAAAUAUUGUUUAAGUAAAUUAUGGUUAAAAUUGACUUGUUACCUGGUUAGGUGUUGAUGAGUUUUUGUAACCAGCUUAAACAGCAAUUAUAUUUGCUGUGAGGGUUAUACUUUUCCUGUUGUUAGUUAUAGGUUGGUUUAUUAAGGUUUCCAGAUAACACAGGGUUCAAUUUAGGCAGGUUAAGUUGUGUUAAGUCAUAGGUUAAAUUAUAAAGGUUUCCAGAUAACACAGUGUUCAAUUGAGGCAGGUUAAGCUGUGUUAAGGUAUGGGUUAGUUUAUGAAGGUUUUCUGUCGGCUUGUGAAGAUAAGGAUUACUUUAGAAAACCAACUGCUAGUGUCGACAUUAUAACAAGAUGGACAACAAAUGAUAUAAAAUAUUUCAUCCAUUUUGACGACUAUUGGGUGUUUUCAAAUUUGCCAAAUCCAUCAUUUAUAAGUUUCUGCAGUAGUCACAGUGCUCAACAUUGCAUUUUGUUCGUCUGUUAGAUUUGUAUUUCAUACUGAUGGUACCAUUUAGAAAUCAGUCUUAAUGCAGAUAUAGUUUUGCUUAAAUCUUCUUUUUUUUGUGCGUAAUUUAUUCCCCUCUAAUUUGAAUUAAGAAAUGUUUAAAAAUAGAACCAGUAUGCACAAAGAAACUCAAAGUUCAAUGCUCAAAAGAGCAAGCACUUAUCCCUGCUUUGGUAGCGUGAAGCAACUGGUACCGGUUUUCCUCUUGAGAGGACGCCAGUCCUUCGCAGAAAUACUUAACACCAUGCCGGUACUCAUUGGUACGUUUGUGUAGACUGAAGCAAUGAGCUGAAGUGUCUUGUUUGUUGACACAAGGUACCUGUAAAUUAUGGAGUCAAUCCCGGACCUUUUUUGUCAUCGUUGGUGAAUCUACUGUACUCAGAUUGCCUUGUCUAAUUGUUAAACAGCCUUUACGCCUAAUUUGAAAAUAAUGAAUUAUGAUUCAUGUGGAAGGUUAAACCAUCGUUAUCAUUGAAUACUAUGGACCAAAUCCUAUACAUAAAUGGUGUGUACUAUAUCAAGAUAUUCCAAAGCCGAUUCCUGCUUAUGAACAGCACUUGGCUUUGUUACUCAAGAAUGUGGUUGUGUGCAUCAUCAUCAUCCGCAUCACGUUGUACCGAUACAUCCUUCAUCAUUGUUCCUGAACCAAUCAAUGCCUUCUAGUAACAGUCUUAUAGCAGUAGAUCAAACCAUGUACUAUAUUACGUCCCAGUUGGCCAGUCUGAUAUUUAAAUGUACAUGUAUGUAUACAUACUUUAAAUGGGAGAUGUAAGAAUUACAACAGAUAAAUUUGGACUUAGCUAAAAUAAUUUCACUAUUGGUCAUAUAAUAAUUGUUAGAUCUGAAUGUGGCUUGCGGGUUAAAAAUCUGGUAUGUCUUACAUGCAUUUACUGCAGAAUUAUGUUUGCUGGAACACCUGUUGGCUUGAUUAUUGUCUCGCUGCGACGAAGUAGCAGAAGUGGGACUAAGGUGUUGCUUUUCUGCCGCUGGCGGCGGCGUCAACAUUAAGUUUUUGCGUUUAACUCAGUUUCACUGUGAGUAUAAGUGCUAGACCAACCAGACUUGGACCAUAGAUGUAUCUUAGGUAGUACAUCUUAACCCAUGCAUCGCAUGCUGGAUGCUGCCUACCUUUCAUGGUCCAUUGACUUUGUCAGCAUCUCCAUCAAAUAAGUUUUUGCGUUUAAGUUAGUUUUUCUGUAACUAUAAGUGCUAGACCAACCAGACUUACACCAAAGAUUGCAUUGAUGGUCAAGGUGAGGCACAGGCGAGACAUAUCAAUCCAAAUGACUUGUUCAUUUACCAAGGUAGUACUUAAAGAAAGUAUUAAUGGUAUUGCCUGCUUCAAGUCGGGCCUGCAUGGGUCUAUUUUUAAAUUACUGCUUUACAGUAAUCACUUUCCUGAUUAACAUAGUGGUCUGUGGGAAUUAAUUGAUCCUGUGGUCCGUGUAACAUAGCUUUUUGAAGCAUGGUCAUAUGAACUGCGUUUAAUGCUGGAAACUGUGAUGUUUUUGACCCCCCCACCCCUGAAUUUUAGCUGUGAGAUCUUCAUUAUCAAUUCAGUUGCCAGUGCUGAUAUUGCUAUACUGUACAGUGUAUAUUGUAAAAAAAAUCUAAUUUAUCAAUUAUAACCCCAUGAAUGCCAAUGGCCUACCUGUUUAAAUUGGAAAUAAAGUUGGGCAAAAAAUGUACCAUCUGUCAAGAUCUGUGAUUCCAUAAUUAAGGUUUGAUAUAUAGCUGAGUGUUAUUUAACUGUUUUCUGAGUCUUAAUGCUUUUGUUCAACGAUAUACAAUUGUUAACUAUAACCAUUAAAUCUGUUGAUUUUAACCUGUCAUGAGUUACGGUGAUUACCAUUGUGAUUUAUCUUUUCGAAUGUUAAGAGUUAUUCGUAUAUAUGAAAUAUGGAUAAAAGGGACCCUGCAAUAAAAAUGAUAUCUUUCACUGCAGACAAAAUUGCAAAAAGAUGUUUAGAAUUAAAAAAAAAAACCAGUUACAUGUGACAAAAGCGGUACAAAAUAGAGGGUUGAUGUGCUGGACUAUGUACAUUCUUAUUUCCCACAAACAAUAUACAUGUACAGGGCAGCUGUGUAGCACUUACAUGUGUAUUGCUGGAGAUAAUAUUUUUGCUAUAAAAUUUGAGGCUUUAAAUAUAUGCAAAGAAUAAACCCAAAGAUUAAGGAAUUUUGAACCAGGUAUUGACUAUUGACAGUAUUGCUCUACACAUUUUAGGACUAUUGCCUGUUGCUGGUGCUGCAUGAAAUGCAUACCCCGGGUAAUUUGUUCCAGGAACAACAUGACUUAAGUUUGACCUACAGAAUUUAAACGCAGUGCAGAAAUGUAUGUACUAAAGCAAAUUGUUCCUGGAACAAAAUCUCAAAAUGUUGACCUGCUGAUUCUAACUCAUUCACCCUUGAAAUUUUAUAAUGAACUAUUCCAACCUUUGAAUUGGAAGAGCUUAAAUGUGUCUUCAGGGGUGAAUGAGUUAAACACUGCAGAACAGACAUUUAAAAAAAAAAAAAAGUUAACGAAAGCUUUUAACUUUUUACUGCAAUCGGUUUCACCAACAUGUUUUAACCAGUUUUAUAAGUGGAGUAAUUGUAGCCAUUUUACAUUUAUUUUAUACUUAUUCAGUGCAAUCUACUUUUAAAAAGUUUUUUUGACUGAAUGAAAUUUUAGCAUAGGUAAGGUUGAUGGUUGCCAUGGCAAUUGUAUGGCUUUGUUGUUGGUUUCCAUGGUAACUGUGAUGUCACGUUGUUGCCCCUCACUGUGUGUGUUAGGAUGGUUAUAGGACACUGCUGUGUACCUGCCCAGCACACCUUGUCAGCUGUUUGUGAUAAACAAAUUGUUUUUAUUCUUAAAUAUUAUAAUUACGAUUACAUUUCUUACGUCUAGUUUACGUAUCUGGUAUAAGUGUAAUAUUUUCGUCAUAUUUCACCCUAGGGUCUUUCACACAAAAAAUUCACUGAGAGUAAACAUGUACAUUACCCUCCUAUUGGUGAUUUUGUUUAUUAAUAUUAUCUACAAAAUUCUCAUACAAAAUCUUUUUUUAUUUUUGUGGCUCCUGUGAGAUUCAAGCUGUUCCAGGGUGAAAAUGUAAGAAUUUCAAGAAGACAGAAUUUUUUUUCUAUUCUUCGGCCAUUAUGUUUCCAAAAUCUUUUCUUGAAAGUCAAUUAGGAUUCAUUGAGACCCUUUGUUUCCUUGAAAGUAACUGGUACGCACAAUGUACAGCAAUCAUGAUCAUAUCUUUUCACGUUCAUAACUACAUACCUUCCUGGCAGACAUAUACACUGAUACGAAGUUUCUGUGACGACUUAUUAUUGGCGAUAUAUUUUAUUGUAUUUGUUUGAUUGCUGUUACGAUGUUGAGAGAUUUAUUAUUCCAUUAAUCCUGUAUAUUGUUGAUUAUAUGUAAGAUGCAUGUCCAAGAUCUGAAUUUGUGUAACUUGGCCGAUAAUUAUUAUUUGCUAGAAAACUCUGGGAUCAAUCGCUUUAUUCCUAAAACUGUACUUCUUACUCGAUAGUGUAUGCCAUUUAUUUAUUAGAACUCAUUUCAUAACAUAAGGAUGUCCAUUUGUAUAUCAGUUAAGGAGAUAUGCGACGUAAAUAUUAAGGAGAUAUGCUACGUAAAAAUAUUAAGGAGAUAAAUGCUACAUAAAUAUAACACAUCUGUCGUGUCGCUGCACAGAAUGCGUGUAUUAUCUUCUCAGAAUGGUAAUUUUAACUUUGAUUCAGUGACAUACAAUGCAGGCAUUGAAAAUGUUCACAUACUUAGAAAUUAAUAUUUUUAUGAUUAGAAAUGCUAUUU